AUGGCAUCAAAUGAGGAUUGCGCCUCGGUUUUGGAGCAGUUUAUCAACGAUGCUGCCAAUCUGCCCGCCGAGAUCAACCACAUGAUGGAAGAAAUCCAGGCCAAAGAUAAAGAUCUUCAGAAAUUCCUGUCCGUGGUCACCCAGAAAGAAAGCAAUCUCCAAAAGCACAUCAAGGUGAAUGGCGUUCUUGCGCCACACCCCAAAGAGAAUGAGUACUCGGAGCUUAUUAAGAAAAAUUACGAACUUGGUCUCCAACUUCAGGAUCAGAAAAUCACGUUGAGUGAAAAGGCCUGUAAUCUCCUUGAGAGACAGGUCAAGAGAUUGGACCUGAAGAUCAAAGAGUUGCAAAAGGACGGUCAGCUGCUCGACGGGCCCCCGCUGCCCAGUGUCUUCAACCGUAAGGCUGAGACGCAGAAGGCCCUCAUCGAUAUGCCGUCAAGCCUCCCACUGCAGAAUGCAUCCAUUAGUGCUCUCAACGUGAAACCGCAUCGCACAAAUGCAACUAUGGUUGCACCUGCACAGCAGGGUCCAGCGAGGCAAGUUCCACAGAUAGUGACGGCUAUUGCACCUCCUCAACGAAGUUCGGCUCCUGCCACUCCUGCCUCAGCUGUUCAACAACAACGCCAACGAGAACGAGAACACUCGCUCGGCGCGGACACCAAGAGACGUAAGCUGGGAAAUCCGCUUGCGGGCGCAAAUCUACCUGUUCAACCAUCUGGUCUUCGACAGUCGUCACUGGGACCUGGUACACCGAAAGCAGGUACGCCUACGGGCCCAACCAGCCGUGCUGGCAGCCUACCUCGAACAACCGGCUCCCAACAACCCACAGGCCCACCUAAGAAGUCUGGCCUCUCGAAGAAAGUAGUCUCGCACCAGCAGGUCAACAAGCUCAAACAGAAGGGUGCAAUGAAAGGGAGGCUUUCUGUCGGACGCAAAAAAGGCCAGUCACCCUCUGUGCGGGGAGGGCGUGGAGGGACGACCGCGUCGGAAGAUGCAGAGUCUGUCUUGUCCUCUGCGGAUGCGUCCGAGACGGAUGCCUCGCAGACUAGAGGACGAAGAGGGAUCAAGAAACAAGUUGUCGAGGACGGCGACGCCGACCUGGGCGAGGACGAAGAAGCGGAAGAUGAAGAAGGUGAAGAUGACAAGCGAUAUUGUUUCUGCAACCAACGCAGCUAUGGUGAAAUGGUCGCUUGCGAGAACGACGAUUGCCCCUACCAAUGGUUCCAUACCGGCUGCCUCAACAUGAAGAAGGUGCCGGACGAGGAUGAAGACUGGUACUGUCCGACGUGCAGAGAGAAGCCCGAGAUCAUCGAAAAGGUGCGAUUGAAGAAGAAGGGAGGUAGAAAGUAG